AUGAGUGAGAGAAAUGCAUUCUCUGAACUUUUCCCAGGUCUUCAGCGCCAGCGGAGCACGGAAAACUCCAGUGCUUCAAUUUCAACAGAUUUCAAUGGGGAAAAGGUUAAAGAAGGUAGCUCUAUGAGUAACCAAAGUCUGGACACGCAGUUUUUACUAGAUGUUCUCUCAGAGUUCGAGAGAAACGACAAACUUGACUACCGUGCAAAAGUUACGGAACACAAUUUCUAUCUGAGCGAGCUGUACGCUAAGAAAACUAGCGCUUUAGAGGCAAAGCCUGUGGCAACGGACGACUUGGAAGAUUUCCACAUAUACAAUAAAAAAGUUCAGCGUGAGUAUGUGCUGAGAAAGAAGAUGGACAAUAUUUUGUUGCAGCGCAGUGUUCAUGAACCGCUUGAAGUUUUGAGCUGCGACAACUUGAGCGCCAAAUUCACCGCGGGGAAAGAGGAUCGAGAUACAGAGCUCGCAGCGCUGAAGAAAAAGGGCAACGAAAUGGUCAAUUUCCUGUUUUCUCCUUUGCGGCCCCCAACCAGUGCUCAAAGAGUUCCUAUUUACAGAAUACACUCCAAUGACACUCAAGUAAUCGACCUCGAGCACAACGCCAUCGGUGGAAUUGACGAACCAAGCGUAAAGGUACCUGAGCUGGGUCACUUGCCGUCACACUCUUCCAGCAACUCGGAAAACAAGUCGUGGUCGAAUAGAUGGAACAAGUUACUUUCGACUUUGAACGGUUCAGAAAAGAAUUAUCAAUUGCAAAGAAAGCUAGAUACAAGACAUUUACAAGCUAUUGCAAUUGGUGCGACCAUCGGUGUGGGGCUCUUUCUCAAUUCUGGCAAGGCUCUAUCAAUCGGUGGACCCUUUGGUACUCUUAUUGGGUUCAGUAUAUGCGGGAGCAUCGUGCUAGCAACCAUGCUUUCCUUCACAGAGCUCGCCACUUUGAUUCCUAUCUCGUCAGGAGUGUCUGGCUUGGCUUCUCGGUUUGUAGAGGAUGCAUUUGGAUUUGCGCUGGGCUGGACUUACUGGUUAACUUAUGCCUUGACUUUUGCCAAUCAGAUAGUUGCCAGCAAUUACAUGCUGAGUUACUACACCGAUAGUUUAUUAAGCACAGGGGCUACGGCUGGAUUCAUAACGCUUUUUUUGAUUACUGCCAUUGUUGUAAAUUUGAUGGAUGUUCGCCUUGUGGGGGAGGUUACAUAUGGCUUCACUUUCUUCAAGAUCCUGGUAACAGCUAUGAUGAUAAUCGUGAUGGUUGUCUUGAAUGCUGGUGCUGGACGUCACGUCCAUCCACGGGUCGGAUUUAGGUAUUGGGAUGCAUCGAAAUCCCCGGGCGACCUUACAUAUGGCUUGUUUCGACCUACGUUUGAUCUACGAGACCAGGGUGCCGGCAGCCGCAAUGGUAUUCCUGGGUCUGAGGGACGAUUUCUAUCGAUACUGGUCGUACUCACGCUCUCUUCAUUCUCGUAUAGUGGCGUCGAGGUUGGAUUCGUGGCAUGUGGCGAGGCCAUAAAUCCCAGACGCUCACUGCCGUCAGCGACCAAGAAAACGUUUGUUACUAUCAUCAUACUUUAUCUGCUUUCUAUUUUCGUGAUCAGCUUGAAUGUUUACAGUGGAGAUUCAGGGCUACUACGCUACUACACUUCCGCGACUGAACGGCCUUCUGCGCGUGUGGUUUCCGAGUUUGACACGCGUUGGCAGAUAUUCCAAAACUGUUCAAACAAAAAGCCUUUGGUAGUCAGUGACUAUAGCAAUGGUAGUCAAAGUCCCUGGGUCCUGGCGCUCAAAAGUUUUGGGCUAUGCUCGUUUUCGUCAACUUUCAAUGCAUUUUUGGUCAUUUUCGGCGUCUCCUCCGCAUUCUCGUCGCUGUACUCGGCUAGCAGAACUUUAUAUGCUAUGGGAACACAGGACAAGGCUCCUGCAAGUUUCAGACGCUGUUCUCGCCGUGGUGUGCCGUAUGUGGCAGUUGCAUUUUCCGGUCUAUUCGGCACCCUGGCAUACCUCGCAUUGAGCUCUCGUUCCUUGGAGUUUUUCCAGGUGCUCGCGAACAUAUCGGGUGCCACCAUCUCGAUAAUAUGGCUGGGCCUGAAUGUGUCCUUUCUGCGAUUCUAUUAUGCACUGAAGAAACGGCCCGACAUUAUUUCUCGUUCAGAUCCGUCUUUUCCCUACAGAUCGCCAUUCCAGCCCUUCACCGCAUACUAUGGACUUACAGGAUCAGUGGUUAUUAUGUUACUGAUGGGAUUCGUCAACUUUUUACGUGGCUUUUGGAGCACUAAGAUGGUGUUUUCUUGCUAUGGAGGUUUGCUAUAUUUUGGCGUAACAUACCUCGGUUACAAGCUAAUCAAAAGCUCCAAAAUUCAGCGACUAGACCAGAUCGAUCUCGAUACUGGUCGACGGGAGAUGGAUCGCAUGCGCUGGAUAGAGCAUCGCGAAUACACCGGUUCUUGGCGAGAAUCGCUUCACAAGCUUGUCACGUGGCUCGUGUAA